AUGAACCAUGUGGUCCGUGCACUUCUAGAAACUCGCUGUCACUUCCGACCUCCAUCAGUUCAAGCCGAAAGCUGCUGUGACCACCCCUCAACGAGACUAUUUCCCGGUGCAACAAUUUCAUCACUAUUGAAGAGCAAAAGGCCUGUGAUCUUAGUCAAGCCCAGCAAACUUCCGCUCAAGACGUGA